AUGUCAGGAAAUAAUUUUGAAAUCACAAAAGAGAGGUUAAAGGAGUUUAAUGACAAUGGAUUUAUCAUUAUAAAAAACUUCUUUGAUGCUGAAGAAGUCCGAAAACUAAAGAAAUGCUUUGAAGAUACCGAAGAAGUUGUCAACAAUAAAAUGAGGGUAGAUGACAGUUUGGGACGAGAGGUUAAUCUGACGGUGUGGUGUCAUCCCGGAAAUGAUGUCACAGGAAUGGCAGCUAGAUCUGAAAAAGUGGUCAAUGCAGCGGAAAAGUUACUUGGAGGAGACGAAGUUUAUCAUUACCAUGGGAAGUUAAUCCAGAAAAAUGCCAAGUCAGGGGGAACUUUCUUGUGGCACCAAGACUACGGUUAUUGGUACAAAAAUGGAUGUCUCUUCCCAGAAAUGCUGACAGUGUUUGUGGCUUUGGAUAAGUGUGAAAAAAGUAAUGGCUGUUUGAAGGUUCUGAAGGGAUCACACAAAUGUGAUCGAAUUGACCACAGUAUGGUAGCUGGUCAGACAGCGGCAGACAUUGACAGAGUUAGAGAACUCAAAAAGAAACUGGACCUAGUAUAUGUAGAAUUAGACCCAGGGGACGCCCUGAUUUUCCACUGUAAUCUGCUUCACUGCAGCGGACCAAAUGAUUCCGACAGACGGCGAUGGGCGUACCUUAUGUGUUAUAAUACACGUCACAAUAACCCAGUCAAAGUUCACCAUCACCCCUGCUACACUCCUCUUACAAAGGUACCAAAUUCUGCCAUCAAAGAUUGUGAAAAUUAUACAGACUUUACUGGAAAGAAAUUUAUGGACCCGAAGGAAAGUUCAACUUCAAGGGCCAAAUAGAUAUGUCUUAUGUAUGAGAAGGAACACAUGUACUCAAAGUUUGCAAUAUAGAAGAAAACACUGGGAAAUAAAUUAUAUAGAAUAAUUCAAUAUUGAAGAGAGACUGGGAAAACAACAACAACAUUGAUAUUGUUUAUU